UGGCAUUCUGGGGGCGGAGCUGGCAGAUGAGUGCCUGUACCCCCCACACAUGGCCCACCCGCCCCCCAGGACCCCACCCUGGGGCCACAGGAGGCCCACUCUGAGCCCCGGCUCCCCUCCUCGUACAGUGGGGCUGGGACACCUAUUCCCGCCCAGACGCCAUGCUCUGAGCAGUGAGGUGCCCCUGAGGGGCUGGCUGGGUCCCCUCGGCCCCCUGCCAUCCUCUCCCUCGGUCCUUCGGGCUCUGAGCCUGUGCUGCAAGCCAGGCCACGGCUCCACAGGCCAGACGACUGCCAGGCCCUGCCCCCCACCCCCCAGCAGGCCCGUUCCACGGCAGAGGCUGGUGGUGACUCAGCCUUCAGAGAGGGCAGGACUGCUCGGGCUGUACUCACCCUACACUGGUGACACCCGGCCCCCCCAGAGGCUGCUGAUUCCAGAUAAAGAGCCAGAACAUGCACGCACACGGGGAGCACACAAGCACACGCACACCGGGCACGGGCACACACACCUGGAAUGUGUGCACACACUGGGAGCCCAGGGACUGUGGGGAUGCACCAGCCCCGAGGGUGAGGCCGUCAGGGCUGCUGCCCAGAAAUCCUGGACCAAUGUCGGCCCAGCCUGUGUGAGCGGAAAGGGGAGCCCAGGGCUGGCGCAGGGGCUUCUGGUGGUCCAGCACCUGGGCCUUGGCCACCCCAAGGGGCCCCGCGUGGGCUCAGCAGAGUGUAAGGAAGUGGCCCACCAGGGCUCUGCACCAGAAGGGGGCUUGGGACCAGCCUAUGGGGAGGUGGCCUGUGUCAACAUCUCAGAGCCUGGCUUCUCACCCCCUCGCCCCCACCAUCCAUCCCCAAGGAAAAGCCCCCCAGCAGAGGCCGCAGCCCAGCCACCUCCCUGUCUGUGGCUCCAGCUGGCCUGUGUGGCCUGGCCUUAAGACCCCGGCCCCUCCCCCACUGCUCAGGCCACCCUCCGGACGGUGCCUGCCUCCUGCGAGCCUCCACAGGGUCCCCUUCGGCCCCCCUGCACUCUGCCCAUACCGAACACUCCUGAGGACCCUCGCACUCCUGCCAGCAAGGUGGCACACGCCCCAGCCCCGGCCGAGGAGGCAGCGGAGGGAGCCCACAGAUUGGCAAGCUGCAGGGGACGCUGGUGCCUGCCUCUGUCUCCCUUCCCCCGGGACCCUUACUCCACCCGCCUCUGUGGAAGCCUGAGGCUGGGGGGCAGGAGGGCUGCGGGACUCUGUGGAUCCGUGGUAAAACCUCCCUGGGAGACCCCCAGGCUGGGAACUCCCCGACAGAAGCCCCUGGGGCGGGUACACUGGCAGCAGCGCGCCCUGGGAAGAUGGGCGGCCAAGGUCCGGGGGCGUCCCUGCUCAGACCAGAACCUGCCCCAGGCCGCAGGGGCAGUGGGACUGGGAAGGCGGAGCUAGCAAGAGCAUGGAGGAGCCCGGACCCCCCACUGGACACUGGACUCUGGCAUCCCAAGAGGGACCCAGGAGGCCUGUUGCUCCCUGAGUCCCUCCCUCAUGCGCCCCCCCGACUGGGCCUGCAUCCCAGGAAGUGCCAGGACAGAGCCAGGGACCCGGGUGCCCGGACCAGAAACAGAGACCAGGCAGAGGCCCACCGGGCUGAGCAUCACCGCCUCCACACCCCCCGCAGGCCAGCUCUGUGUCUGGCGCUCCCCAGCCCCAGAGUCACCAGUCCUUGGGACUCAGCUCAGAGAGCUCCCACUGGCCAGAACCAGCCACUCACCAGUUCCCAUGGGGACUCAGAACCAGCCCUGCCCUACCUGGUCCCUGGCCACCGCUGGCCCCAGACACGGAGGCCCAGGGGACGUCAGUGCGGGGGCUGCUGGGCACAGAGGACUCCUGGCACCCUGGCCGCCUGUCUAGCCAGGGCUGGCCCCACGCCCAACAGCACCGGACCACAUCCCUGCGUGGCCAUGGGCACUUACGAGCCACAGAGAAGUUGUUGAGAGGGGACUCUCGCUGCUCCACAUCCUGGGGCCGCUCCUUGUAGCCGAUAAAGGUGCCAUCGUUCUUGAGCAGGAAGUACCUUGGUCGCCAGGUUUUGAUGUACUCCCCUGAGGACACCCAGGCGGUGAGGGGCUGGGGCCACCGGCCCUGCUCCCCACCUCCACCCCAACAGAAGCCCUGGCCCUGCAGCACACCAGAUGCUUGCUGGGCCUGAGCAGACAGGACACCCUAAACCCAGGACCCUACCCCUGCCCCUCACCCCCAGCAUGGUGGGCAGGCCGCCUGCCAGGGCGUCGGGGCUGAGCACUCCUCACCCACCUGGGGCCAGGCAGUUACUGCAGUGACCGGGGACUGCCCACCACAGCCAGUCCCUGGCCUGCGGGUUGGAGCCUGGAGUCCGGAACUGAGAGGACAGUGACUGAGACUUAAGGCCCAACCCCUGGGGCUGGGCACCAGGACAGCCCCUCAACACCCUGCCCAGAGCCCCAAGGAGAAGCCAGACCCUGGAGAUAUCUGUGUGGUCCUCGGGCUGUGAGCCCCAACUCUGACCCCCACGGCGCACGAUGAGUUACCCAGGUACACGGGGUACACGGGGAACUUUCCCCAAAGUUUCGCCACAUCAGCCAUAAACAGGAGUUCACACUUAAGAACCAGAGCAGAUGUCCUCUGCGAUAUUCGGGCGACUGUCAUUUUUCAUACUGACACCCAGAAAAAAAAUGUUUCAUUUACAUUUUGCCGAGCAAGGAAUUUGAACAACAAUGGAGAACUUCCUAAUUA